CGCGCACGUUACCGUAUUGCCAAGGUGCAACGCGCGAACGGAAACCAAGGAAAAGGAGCCGCCGGCGGCGCCUCAAUCCAAGUUAGGGUUUUCCACCCGCCAUCUCCAUUUAUACUAGAGUUCGUAAAUCGCCGUCCAUCGAAGUUCUAUUCCGACACGGUGAUCUCCAUCUUACAUUAUUCUCCGUGCAAGAACAGAACGAAACCUGUACUAAUCGCGAGCAGCUGCGGGGACUGGGGAAGUUGAGAAGUUGAAAUAUUAGUUUAAUGGCGCUACGUUUCGAGAUCAUGGGAAGAUUUAAUCGUGCACGUGCGGCACAACUCACUCUCCCCCACUUUACCUGCCAAACACCCCUGUUUAUGCCAGUGGGAACACAAGGGACAAUUAAAGGGUUGACAACUCAGCAGCUUGAAGAGAUUGGUUGCCAAAUUAUACUUGGAAAUACAUAUCAUUUAGCACUUCGUCCUACUUCCGAGCUUAUUGAUGAACUGGGAGGUCUCCAUAAGUUUAUGAACUGGCCCAGAGCAAUGCUUACUGAUUCUGGCGGGUUUCAAAUGGUUUCAUUGUUGCAUUUAGCUGAUAUCACUGAAAAAGGUGUAACAUUUCAGUCUCCAGUUGAUGGGAAGCCAAUGCUUUUGACUCCUGAGGAAUCAAUUGAAAUUCAAAACAGAAUUGGAGCAGAUAUUAUUAUGGCUCUUGAUGAUGUAGUAAGAACAACCAUUACAGGUCCAAGAAUUGAGGAGGCCAUGUACCGUACUCUUCGGUGGAUUGACAGAUGUAUAGCAGCACAUAAGAGACCUCAUGAGCAGAAUUUAUUUGGCAUUGUGCAAGGUGGAUUGGAUCCAGUCCUAAGGGACAUAUGCGUCAGAGGCUUGGUUGACCGAAAUUUACCAGGGUAUGCAAUUGGCGGUCUGGCAGGUGGUGAAGAUAAAGACUCAUUUUGGCGUGUUGUUGCUCAAUGUACUGCUUCACUGCCCGAGGACAAACCUAGAUAUGUUAUGGGUGUCGGUUAUCCAUUGGACAUUGUAGUAUGUAGUGCGUUAGGUGCCGACAUGUAUGACUGUGUUUAUCCAACCCGUACUGCUCGUUUUGGCACAGCGCUCAUACCUGAGGGAGUUUUAAAACUAAAACACCAAGCGAUGGCUGAUGAUACCCGUCCCAUUGAUCCUACAUGCGAUUGCAUGGUCUGCAGGAACUAUACUAGGGCCUACAUUCAUUGUCUUGUUACAAAAUAUGCUAUGGGUUCUCAGCUACUCUCAUAUCACAAUUUAUAUUACAUGAUGAAGCUUAGCAGAGAUCUACAUUCUUCAAUUGUUCAGGGGCAAUUCCCAGAGUUCGUUCGCAAGUUCUUGCAGAGAAUGUUUCCUCAGGGUGACGUGCCGCAAUGGGUCUGCAAUGCUAUGGAGGUUGCCGGUAUUGACAUCUCUUCCUGUUGUGCUCCUUUCACUACAAGAAAUACUGUCUUUAGCGACGAAAUUUCGUCGCUAAAGCCACAGAAUAGUUGCGAAAAUCCUUCAGCGACGUAAACAAAAACGUCGCUGAAGCCAUUUCAAUGAAUAUUUUUUGCAACAUUCUUGGAGAAAACAUUGCAAGGUUGCCACAAAUCUAAAUAUCCGUUGCAAGAAUGUUUACGACAAGUUGUCGUCAUUGCUGACAUUUUUGCGACUACAACUUAUUUUUGUUGCAACUUUCUUGCAAUGAAAGAUGUUUCCGUAGCAGUUUCGUCUCUAGGCCAACAUUUCUUCUAGUGUUUGUCUUCAUCCUUGGAUUAAAACCAAACCAUCAAAUAGGAAACUGGUUAGUUAGGCUUUAUCAGGGUAUCGGUAAUAGAAUCAAUAUUUUUGUACGGGUUAAUGCAGCAUAAAUUUUGUAGGCCAUGUAUGCUGCUUCAUUAGUUAAUACCGCAUAUUGAUGCCUUAAAUUUUUGUUUCAUACUCGAAUUAUUGUAGACUUCUGCCAUACAGUGGCCAUUAUCAUUAUAAAUCCGCAUUUAUUUAA